AUGGCUACAUCUAGGAAAGGAGAACUGGCCAAAAACAGCACAAAUCCAUGUCGAAGGUGUAGAUCCUACCCUAUUGAAAGAAAGAAAUCAUUGAAAGAAAUCAUUUUGCCUAGUCCGAUUUUUGCUUUAAGAUCAUCGUUUACGGACACUGUCCGAAUUGUGGCACUGUUGUUAAGGUUUAAAUUCAACUGCACACACAAGCAAGGCCGCAGACUAGGGUUUCUGACAUGUCAAGAAAAAGAAGAGGCGCUCUCCGCACUGAUCUCGUUGGCUCAACGAGAAUGGUUUGUAGAGGAUAUAGACGAAAUCCAACGAACUGGUGAAGUGAAGACAACGUCAAGACAUAAGUCACUAGCCCCUCGUCUAGUUAAUGGAUUACUCCUGGUAGGCGGACGGCUUAGAAAUGCUCGAAUAGCUGCUAGUCGAAUGCAUCCUAUUAUAUUGGCGUUGACUACUAUGCUUGUGACAUACUACCAUCAAAAACUUCUUCAUGCAGGACCCCAACUCGUUCUUGCCAGCAUUCGUGAGCGAUAUUGGCCACUUUCAGCACGUAGUAUGGUGCGCAAAGUUAUCCAUCGAUGUAUGCAGUGCUAUCGAGCAAAACCGAAAUCUCACGAGCAGCUGAUGGGAGAUCUACCCACAGAGCGUGUCACUCCUGCUCCUCCCUUUCAAAGAGUAGGUGUCGAUUAUUGUGGACCAUUCCAAACUCGUUACCCCUACCAAAAAGGAAAACCGAUUAAGUGCUUUAUUGCGGUAUUUGUAUGCCUUGUCGUGAAGGCUAUUCACCUAGAAGUUGUCGCAGAUCUAACCACUCAAUCGUUCUUUGAUGCACUGAAACGAUUUGUCUCCCGUCGGGGUCGCCCUGAAAUUAUAAUGUGUGACAAUGCAACCAAUUCCGUUGGCGCACGUCGUGAGCUAGAUAAAUUAAGAAUGCUGUUCAACAAUCAGAAUUUUGCUCGAACAGUUUCACAAGAAGCCGCGAUGGACAAUAUACAGUACAAAUUUAUUCCCCCAAAAACGCCGAACUUUGGUGACCUCUGGGAGGCCGCUGUGAAGGCCAUGAAGGGCCAUCUUAAGAGAACCUUGGGGAAUGCUGUAAUCACCUACGAAGAAAUGUGCACGCUAACGGCUCAGAUCGAAGCUUGUCUCAAUUCGAGACCGUUAACUCCGCUUUCCAGCGACCCCAAUGACUUAGAAAUAUUAACACCUGGCCAUUUCCUGGUACACCGACCGCUUACAGCAAUCCCAGAACCGUCUCUAGAGGAUUUAAAGGACACAAGAUUAUCACGAUGGCAGCGGGUGCAGAAUUACCUGCAGCACAUCUGGCGGCGCUGGUCAACGCAAUAUUUAUCAGAGUUAAAUUCUCGCACAAAAUGGACCAUGCAACGAAACAAUUUGUUUGUUGGCGCUAUGGUGUUGCGACGUGAAGAUAACAUCCCUCCAUUGAAAUGGCGUAUGGGCAGGGUCAUUGAUGCUCACACUGGACAGGAUGGCAACAUACGCGUGAUGAAAGUGCGUACUAAAGAUGGAAUUUACGUUCGAGGAAUCACCAAAGUGUGCAUUCUUCCGAUAGCAGACAAUGUAGACCAAUAG